GUUGUAAAGUUAUUUCUUCUUUCAAACAUUUCAAAAUCCUCCAUUUAACAAAAAUAAAGAAAAACGAUAUUUUCAGUCAGCGAAGUUUUGACUUCAGAGUGAAAUUGGGAGAGGCAAUUAGGGGUUUCCAGUAUGGGGGAAACUAUCAAUCGGAAGCUGGUGAUUGAAAUAUGUAACGCGAAGAAUUUGAUGCCAAAAGAUGGACAAGGAACAUCAAGUGCAUAUGUUCUUGUUGAUUUUGAUGGGCAAAGAAGAAGAACCAAAACAAUUUCUCGUGAUUUAAAUCCGCAGUGGGAUGAAAAGGUCGAAUUUGUGGUUCAUGAUAUAGCUUCAAUGGGUUCUGAAACAUUGGAGCUUAAUGUUUAUAAUGACAAAAAGAGUGGGAAAAGAAGUACUUUUCUGGGUAAGGUUAAAAUUUCUGGGAAUAUAUUUCCUAAAUCUGGAUCUGAAACAUUGGUUUACUAUCCAUUAGAGAAAAGAAGUGUUUUUUCUCAAAUCAAAGGUGAAAUCGGAUUAAAAAUGUGUUACAUCGAUGAGAUUGUUUCUGCUCCUGCUUCUGCUGAUCCUGCUGCUGCUACUACCACCGAGAAAUCUGAAGCUGGGGAAACGAUUACUACCGUUACUACAUCCGAGGUGAAACCAGAAGAUAAGAAAGAAGAAGAAAAGAAGGAAGAAAAACCAGAGGAGAAAGGAGAGGAGAAGAAAGAUGAAAAGGCAGAUGAGAAGAAAGAAGAUGACAAGAAAUCCAAAGAAGCAAAUCCACCUGAGAAACCGGCUGAGAAAGUUGAAAAUCCUCCAUUAGCGCAGAAGCAAAUGAAGGAAAAAGCUAUUACAGCAGGUAACAAUAAACGCCAUGAAUCUUCUUCUCUUGAACUGAGUUCACUCAGUAAUAGUAGUGAUCGUAAUCAUCGGAACAGUGCAUAUGAUUUAGUAGACCGGAUGCCGUUUUUGUAUGUGCGCGUAUUGAAAGCAAAACAUUCAGAAACUGGGUCUAAUAUAUAUGCUAAACUUGUUAUUGGUACUCAUAGUAUUCGUACAAAAACUGUUGAUAUGGGUAAAGAUUGGGAUCAAGUUUUUGCAUUUGAUAAAGAUUCGUUAAACUCAACAGCUUUAGAAGUAUCAGUUUGGACCGAAAAAACAGAAGUGACGGUACAAGCUGAUACAAAUAUUAGUACAACAACUGUUACAGAAACUUCUGUUGGUAAUGUUUCAUUUGAUCUUCAAGAAGUACCUAAAAGAGUACCUCCAGAUAGUCCUUUAGCUCCUCAAUGGUAUACUCUUGAAGGUUCUACCACUCCUGACAACGCAUUGUCGGGAUCUGAUGUCAUGCUUGCUGUAUGGGUGGGAACUCAGGCUGAUGAAGCAUUUCAAGAGGCUUGGCAGUCAGAUUCUGGUGGGCUAUUACCGGAAACACGAGCCAAGGUUUAUCUUUCUCCGAAGCUGUGGUAUUUGAGAUUAACGGUUAUUCAAACCCAAGAUUUGCAGCUUGGUGCGGUUGCUGAAGCAAAGAGUCGGAGUCCUGAGCUUUAUGUGAAAGCUCAACUCGGCGGGCAGAUUUUCAAGACAGGCAGGUGUUCUAUUAGCUCAUCUAGCUCAGCGAACCCUACUUGGAACGAAGAUCUUGUGUUUGUUGCAGCUGAGCCAUUUGAGCCAUUCUUAGUUAUGAGUGUGGAAGAUGUAUGUGCUGGCCAAUCUGUUGGUCAUGCAAAAAUACACGUGCCUACUGCUGAUAGAAGAAUAGAUGAUUGUGCUGAAUCAAGAUCCAGGUGGUUCAAUCUAGUUGGUGAUGAGAAAAGGCCGUAUGCAGGGCGUAUUCAUGUGAGGAUAUGCUUAGAAGGUGGUUAUCACGUCUUGGAUGAAGCUGCUCAUGUGACAAGUGAUGUGCGUGCAGCUGCUAAACAGUUAUCAAAGCCCCCUAUUGGGUUGCUUGAGGUUGGUAUUCGGGGUGCGGCUAAUUUGCUUCCUGUGAAGACUAAAGAUGGUACAAGAGGCACUACAGAUGCUUAUGUGGUUGCCAAAUAUGGUCCCAAGUGGGUUCGCACACGUACGAUUCUGGAUCGAUUUAAUCCUCGUUGGAAUGAACAGUAUACAUGGGAUGUAUAUGAUCCUUGUACAGUUCUUACGAUCGGUGUAUUCGACAACGGAAGAUACAAAAAAGAUGAGGCUAGUAAACCAGGUAAAGAUGCUCGAAUAGGUAAAAUACGCAUACGGUUGGCUACUCUUGAUACAAAUCGAGUAUACAUGAAUUCACAUGCGUUAACAGUAAUACAUCCAAGUGGGGCAAAGAAAAUGGGUGAAAUAGAAUUAGCUGUUAGAUUUUCAUGUUCAUCAUUGAUGAACAUACUUCAGGUAUACACCAAUCCGAUGCUGCCUCGAAUGCACUAUGUCAAACCACUGGGUCCAGCUCAACAAGACAUCCUUCGGCAUACGGCAAUGAGGAUCGUUUUGACACGAUUAGCAAGAUCAGAACCACCAAUGGGGCAAGAAGUAGUUCAGUAUAUGAUAGAUACAGAUUCACAUGUGUGGAGUAUGAGAAGAAGCAAAGCAAAUUGGUUCAGAGUCGUUGGGUGUUUGUCUCGUGCAGCAUCUUUCGCUAGAUGGUUAGAUGGAAUUCGCACCUGGAUAAACCCUUCAACUACAGUACUGGUACACUUGUUAUUGGUAGCCAUUAUACUAUGUCCACACUUGGUUUUACCCACACUUUUCAUGUAUGCAUUCUUCAUCGUAGCUCUAAGAUUCAGGUUCCGCCACAGAUUGCCAACCAACAUGGACCCAAGAUUAUCUUACGUGGAUGCAGUCGGUCCAGAUGAGUUAGAUGAAGAAUUUGAUGGAUUUCCAAGCACAAGAUCAGUUGAUCAAGUCCGUCAGAGGUACGAUAGAUUGAGGGCUUUAGCAGGAAGAGCACAGUCACUGCUUGGUGAUGUAGCAGCCCAAGGUGAACGCAUAGAAGCAUUGCUUAACUGGAGAGAUCCUCGUGCGACAGGGAUAUUUGUGGUGUUUUGUCUGCUAGCUUCACUGGUAUUCUAUGUGGUGCCUUUCAAGUGCUUCAUUCUGUUUUCAGGGUUUUACUAUCUGCGCCAUCCUAGGUUUCGUCAUGAUAUGCCAUCACUUCCUGUCAACUUGUUCCGGCGACUUCCAACUUAUUCUGAUCAGAUUCUCUAGGUUUUUUUCCCGUAUGAGUUUCCUGUUUGGGACAGUUUUUGUUUGUUAACUAUGUUUUCUAGUUGUUAAUCAAUUAUUUCAAUUUAUUCA